AUACAAGAGGAGAGAGAAAUCUGGGAUGUUGAUACCAUCACCACAAGCUGUUGAGGACUGAUCAUUCUGCUGCAGCAUAAGUGCGUUGAGGAACCAUUCUCGUAGUAUCGAUCGUUCGAAAUUCGGCAUUUAUGAUCGAAUAAAGGAACGAAUAUGACGAGUGAGAGCGAUGAGAAGAUUAUGGCAGCUGCUGACGAUGCUAACGACGGAGGGAAUAAUCCGCUGAAAAAGGGUCCGUGGACUUCCGCUGAGGAUGCGAUUUUAGUGGAAUACGUAAGCAAGUACGGAGAAGGGAAUUGGAAUGCGGUUCAGAAAAACUCGGGGCUUGCUCGUUGUGGGAAGAGUUGCCGUUUGAGGUGGGCGAAUCAUCUUAGACCAAAUCUUAAAAAAGGCGCUUUUAGUCCAGAAGAGGAGCAUCUUAUUGUCGAACUUCAUUCCAAAAUGGGAAACAAGUGGGCUCGAAUGGCUGCCGAGUUGCCCGGCCGAACGGAUAAUGAGAUUAAAAACUAUUGGAACACGAGAAUCAAGAGAAAACAUCGUGCUGGCUUACCGGUCUAUCCACCGGAUAUCUGCACUCUACAAUCACCAAACGAGAACAGGAACGAACAAAUUAGCGAUGAAAUGACUAUUUUGUCCUCCAUCGAUUCACAUUACCCGAACCUCACACUCCUGAACAACUUCUAUAAUAUUCCGACAGUUGAGUUCAAAAACCCUGAAAUGAAUCACCACCACCACUUGUAUCCACCGCCGCCACUUCUUGAUCAUAAUGUUCCCGCCAAACGCCUUUGUGGGGCCGGAUCUUUUUUCCCCGAUUAUUUAAGUGCUGAUAUUGGGAGCCAUUUUCAAACCGAUAAUUGUUUGCAGAUUGCUCAAUCUUUUAUACAAUCUUGUUCUUCUUGUUCUUCUUCUUCUUCUUCAUCGGAGCCUUCUGAUUGGCCGAUGAUGAAGAUGGAACUCCCUUCACUCCAAACUCAUGUAGGUGGUGCUAUGUGGGGCCCACCCCCCUCUCCCACUUUGCCUCCCCUCGAAUCUGUUGAUACACAAACUCUAUUGUGUGAUAUUUUGCCUGAAAAUCGGAACAGUGGCUUAUUGGAUGCAGUACUUUACGAAUCACGAAUUAUGAAAAACUCGAAGAAUCAAGAUUUCCACGAGACAGCAUAUUGUGAUUAUUCUUCUCCGUCAUUGUUCAGUGAGGGCAGUACUCCCACCAGUGGGACUUCGUUCGACGAACCCGAAUAUUUAGAGAAUAUAACAGGAUGUGAAGUUAAAGGGGGGUUUGAGACGACAAAGCAGAUGAACUUCAACAGGCCUGAUUUUUUGCUCGACUCGGACUAUAUUGACCCUAGACAAGACUUCAUCGAGGAUGUUUUGUUGACCGAAGAUGCUGUGGGAAAUUUUCUUUGGUCAUGAUUACACUGUUUAAUACUUCAAUUAAUCCCGUUUUUAUAUCGGUACACGAAACAUCGAACUUACAUGCAUUUGAACACCUUUUCUUUUCCAUGGCUGGUACUAUGUUGGUAUAUUUAUAUUAUUUUUUGCA